CAAUUUCCUCCUACUAAUCCCUCUCCUUUAAGGCCAAGAGCCUCCUCCCCUUUAAGCGGGGCUGGUGCUUUCCCUGUAGGUCUCGCUCGGGCGCUCCUCUUGUGUCUGAUUUGUCUCGCGCCGUCGUUGUUGCUCCUGCCGUAUCGUCCGAUCACCGCGCGAGUUAGGGCGAAAACGAGGCUGCUGCCGUUGGUCGCAGCCGCGAGGCCGUUACCAUGGCGGGGGGUUCGGCUCGUGGUGCUUCCCGUCUCUUCCCGCAGCCCGUUGGGCUGGCGCUGCUGGUGCUGGUGUUCGGGGGCCACCGGGGGGCUCAAGCUUUAUUGUGUGAGUGCAAUGAUUGCAACCAAGACAACACCACAUGUGAAACGGAUGGCGCCUGCAUGGUCUCAAUAACAAAUGUGAAUGGACUGAUGCAUCAUGUCCGAACCUGUAUCCCUAAAGCAAAGCUGAUUCCUGCUGGAAAACCCUUCUUCUGCCUGAGUUCAGAAGAUGUGCGCAACACCCAUUGCUGCUACUCUGACUACUGUAACAAAAUUGAUCCUAUAGUACCCAGUGGACAUCGGAAAGAUGAUGCUACUCCUUCCGGCUGGGGACCUGUGGAGCUUGUGGCUGUGAUUGCAGGCCCGGUCUUCCUUGUGUUUGUCAUCAUGAUCAUAGUGGUUUUUGUCUUUCACCAUCACCAGCGAGUAUACCACAAUCGUCAGCGGCUGGACAUGGAGGAUCCAUCUUGUGAGAUGUGCCUGUCCAAGGACAAAACUCUUCAAGAUCUAGUAUAUGAUCUGUCUACCUCUGGCUCUGGCUCAGGUUUGCCACUCUUUGUCCAGCGCACUGUGGCUCGAACAAUUGUCCUGCAGGAAAUAAUUGGAAAGGGUCGCUUUGGGGAAGUGUGGCGUGGUCGGUGGCGUGGUGGCGAUGUAGCUGUGAAAAUCUUUUCUUCGCGGGAAGAACGAUCCUGGUUCAGGGAAGCUGAGAUCUACCAAACUGUCAUGUUGCGACAUGAGAAUAUUUUGGGGUUUAUUGCUGCAGACAACAAAGAUAAUGGCACCUGGACCCAGUUGUGGUUGGUCUCUGAUUACCAUGAGCAUGGCUCUCUGUUUGAUUACCUCAACCGAUACACUGUAACUAUUGAAGGGAUGAUUAAAUUGGCUCUGUCUGCUGCCAGUGGACUAGCACAUCUGCACAUGGAAAUUGUGGGGACCCAAGGAAAACCUGGGAUUGCACACCGGGACUUGAAAUCCAAGAAUAUAUUAGUGAAGAAGAACGGAACUUGUGCCAUUGCAGACCUGGGCCUGGCUGUCCGCCAUGAUUCUGUUACUGAUACAAUUGACAUAGCCCCUAAUCAGAGGGUUGGAACAAAACGCUACAUGGCCCCAGAGGUUCUCGAUGAAACGAUUAACAUGAAGCAUUUUGAUUCAUUUAAAUGUGCAGAUAUCUACGCCUUGGGCCUAGUUUAUUGGGAAAUUGCUCGGAGAUGCAACUCAGGAGGCAUCCAUGAAGAAUAUCAGCUCCCGUACUAUGAUCUUGUGCCAUCCGAUCCCUCCAUCGAAGAAAUGAGGAAGGUUGUAUGUGACCAGAAGCUGCGACCUAACAUUCCCAACUGGUGGCAGAGUUACGAGGCUUUGCGAGUAAUGGGGAAAAUGAUGCGAGAAUGCUGGUAUGCUAACGGAGCAGCACGACUAACAGCUUUGCGCAUCAAGAAAACUCUCUCUCAGCUCAGUGUCCAGGAAGAUGUGAAAAUUUAAUUUGCAAGCCCCAUCCUAAGGAAGCUGCACAAAGCUGCCACGCUAGCAUUGAUAUGCGGUGGAUGAGGUCUACCUCGUAUUUCUACAUGUCCUGCUGCUAUCAACUGGACAACUUGGCCUGCAGGUGGUUAAGUGAGGAAGGUGGACUUUCAUAGACUUAGCUCCCUUCCUGGUUAAGGAGUGAAACUCACCUUUUCUAAUCCCCUCCUGAAAGCAGAAGGAUGGGCUUGUAUAGAGAGAUGUUGGCCACAACUGUAACCUGUUGUUUCUCUGAAGGAAAUCCCUGAACAUUCUAGUGACAUGCUUGUUGGGGAAGGCCCUGUUGCUUGGGGGAAGUUGUUGAGGACCGACAUGUACACAUAGAAGCUUUGUGUGCUCCCAUGUCCGGCCAUGUAAAGCUCUUGGCCCUUUCCUGGUUUGACAGAUCCUAAGCCAGUGCAGCCAUUAGUUUUCAAUAGUGUGUGCAUGUGCAAAGGUAUGUGUCCCUGUGCCCUUUGGUAUGUAUUAUGUCCGCUUGUGCUCCUGUGCAUGUGCAAAUGUAGAGCGUCCUCUUGUGAAGUGCAGGUGCUAGUGCCCUCUCUAUCCACUAGUUGAUCAUUAUCUAUUUUUCCUCUCACUAGGGAGGGAGUGGGUCUCUGCCCUGCCAGUUUCUAGACCUGCCAGGGCGCUACACAAAUUAUCUUACUGCCAUCCUUCCCCCUCUUUUAAAGGCCAGGAAUAGAUCUUGUGUAUUUUAGAUUCACGUUCCUCCUGUGUUGAUAAUGCUGGGUGGCUUCAAUUGCCUAGCAAACAGACUGAUCUGCAGGAGGAAUAGAUAGCUGAAAUUGGUGCUGCUCCUGGUUAAAGGAAGUAGGGCAAAAUUAGGACUGAGGAAAGAGGCUGACCUUAUAAGAUCAUUGCCCUUCUGUUUCUCAAGAUGCCUGUGGCAGAACAAUUCAAGCAUUAUAAACAUUUCUGUAAUGAAGCAUCUAUGGGGAAAGAAUGCAUUCAGAAGCUUCCCGGGAAGAUUUAUCCCUUAAGGAAUGAUGACUGCAAAACUGAACUUUUUUAUUUAAAAAAAGGGUACCUCUGUGUGUGUGUGUGUGUGUAUGUGUAUAUGUGUAUAUAUAUGUAUAUGGUCUCCCAUAUUCUGGAAAUGACUAUGUGUCACUUGGGAUGGGGUGGGGGGAGAGUUGGGAAUGGAUUAACUGCAUGCAUUUUGUUUCAAUUAAAUGAUCAGGGUGUAAUAAGACUGAUUUGGCUGUCACAUUUGUUUUGGGAAGCAGCCUGAGACUGUAUUGUGAUGCAUAUAAGGCAUUGAAAACUCCAUAGUGUGUGGGUUGGUUGAAUUUUGUGGAAGAUAACUCCUGAAGCCAUAACUUUUAACUGGAGUGGUUUGAUUAAUUUUUUAAAAUUCUUAUUUAAUUGGGAGGGUCGGGAUUUUAACUUUUUUUUACUAUUCUUUAUAAGAGAAGUAAAACUGAUAAUUACCUCUCAUUCUCUUUUUAAAGAAAUCACUGCAAAAAAAAAAAGAAACCUGAAAAAAUACACACAGCUCAAUUUUACACUGGAAAUAUUUCUGCUCAAAUUGUGAGCCCUGACUUCUGAGAGGAGACAUUGUCUCCACGCUGAGACAGGACAUUUUUUAAGAAUAUAAAAUAUUCUGUGUUUUGCUGUUUGUGGGUGCAGGUGUUUGUCUUUGUCUCUUCCUCCCCUUCUCUUGUGCUCAACUGUGUCAGUGUGUCAAGUGGAAGCAUUGUUGCAUUGUGUGUUGGAGUCAAUUUUACAUGCUCCUUUUUUGUUUGAAGCAAACUGUAGCUUUCUCCAGGGCUGUGUUUUGAAAAUCUCAGGCACUUUUACUCAUGGAAGGAUAAGUGGGGUUUGCCCUUUUCAUAAAACUUGCUGCCUUC